CCUUUCCUCUCCUCUCCUCCCUCCUCCUGGUGCGUUUGAUCCCCGGGGGACGUGGAGCCUCGGCAUUCCUCUCAUUCCUCCCUCGCGACAAUCCGACCUGUGAGCCUUUAUGAGGCACACUCCGUCUGCUCACUCACACACAGUCACACAUGCGCGUGGACUGGAUUUGUGCACUCCAGGAGCAAUCCGGGGGCAUUUUGCUGGAGUUUUAAGUCUUCGUCUUUGUGUGAUGAGACCAGGAUUUGAAAAUCAUCUGAUGAUGUCUGCUUGUGUUGAGUCGUUGACCUCCUGGCCUACUAUUUGAGGAAAUAUUUCAUCUGUUGGAUUCCUUGUGAUCUGUGCCGUUCCUCAAGUCCGCCCCGAGACCCCGCCUCCUCGGACAUGAGAACCGCCGAAGCCACCCCUGGGACGGUCCUGCACCGCCUCAUCCAAGAGCAGCUCCGCUUCGGCAACCUGACCGACACCCGCGCCCUGCUGGCCAUCCGACAACAGGCCCUGCGCGGCAGCGGCGGCGGUUGCGGGAGUCCUCGCUCUUCCCUGGAGAGCCUGACCCAGGACGAGUGCCAGUACCUGCACUUGUCCACCCGGCAGGACCCCCAAGGCCAGGAAUACCAGGGAAGCUGCGUUCAUCUGGAAAACCCCUCGGGGAUUCCCUACCACCGGGAGGAGCUUCCCACCUACGAGGAGGCCAGGGUGCACUCGCAGUACCCGAAAGGGGAGCUGGACUCCGGCGUGGACGUGCACUGGGAUGCGAAGAGGGAGCACGCCCGCUCCCUCAGCGAGCGCCUCAUGCGGCUCACCCUGGAAAGGAGCGCGCCGCCCGCAAACGUCCCGGCCGUGAGCUCCUCGCAGAGUUUUCCGCAGCUGUACAAUGCGGCCGGCCCACCUCGAGGGGACCCCCCGGGGCCGCCGCCCGGGUACCCGCCCCGGGAGCAGGGGGUGUAUUUCCUAGAACCUACCGCGCCUCCACCCUUCUACUCUCAGCACAGCAGGAACGCCAGCGUUCCGGCGAGGGCGCAGUCCGGGGAUGAGGGUGACGCCCUGAGGCAGGAAAACCGCAGGCUGCGGCAGGAAGUGGACAUCUACGCAGAGAAGGCCGCACGCCUGCAGAAGAUUUCAUUCUUACACCUACAGUAUUUACCUUCUUCUUUCCCUCUACCAUUCCUUUUUUAUUCCCAUCUUUCAUUUCCUCCGUGCGCUCCCCGACGGUUUAAAUGUGUCCAGCUGGAGAAUGAGAUAGCGAGGAUCUCGGAGGCGUACGAGACUCUGAUGAAGGGCUCGGCCAAGCGCGAAGCUCUGGAGAAGACCAUGAGGAACAAGCUCGAGGCCCAGAUGAAGAGGAUGCACGACUUCAACCGGGACCUCAGAGAACAAGUGUGCGCGGCCGCCAAGCAGCGAGCGGACAAGGAAGCGGAAUGCUCAGAACACAAGCAACACGUCUUCCUCAAGCUACUCGAACAAAAUGAGGAGCAGCUGCGCGAGCGCGAGCGUCUGGAGAAGUCCAUCCAGAACCUGCGGGUGUCGGCGGAGGAGAGCCAGCGCGGGCGCGAGCUACUUGAGCAGGCGCUGCUCUCGGCACACGCCCGCAACCGGCAGCUGGAGGACGAGCUGCACAGGAAGCGUGCAUACGUGGAGAAGGUGGAGCGCCUCCAGAGCUCGCUGGGCCAUCUGCAGGCGGCCUGCGAGAAGCGGGAAGAGCUGGAGAUGCGACUGCGCACGCGCUUAGAGCAAGAACUCAAAAGUAUGCGAGCGCAACAGAAUCAGACCUUGGGUCCAGUGGCUUCGGAGCUGAGCUCCUCCCUGUCGCAACAGCAGCUGAGGGAGCGCGAGGAGCGUAUUCUGGCCCUGGAGGCCGACAUCACCAAGUGGGAACAGAAAUACCUGGAGGAGAGCACCAUGAGACAGUUUGCCAUGGACGCCGCCGCCACGGCUGCAGCGCAGAGAGAUACCACCAUCAUCAACAACUCGCCUCGACAUUCGCCCGACAGCAGUUUUAACGAGGACCUGCCUCUGACCAAUCACAGACAUCAGGAGAUGGAGAGCAGGAUCCGAGCCCUUCACGCACAGCUCCUGGAGAAGGACGCCAUGAUCAAGGUCCUUCAGCAGCGCUCCAAGUGGGAGCAGUGCAAGCUGGAGAAACAAGGUCUUCGGCUGGCCAGGUCCGUCCCGUCCAUCGCCACGGCGGCCGGCAGUACCGAGACUAAAGAUACUUCGGAGGAAACCGAGCCGGGAGGACUCAAGGCCGUGGAGAGCGUCGACAACACAAUUGACUCCGAGAUGGUGGAGAUCCUCAUUUGACGUUUAUCCCAGACAUGUCGCUGUAUCUUAUUUAUUUCGAAAGUGUCAUUGCUGCUCAUUUUGUAUUGUGUCCUUUUAAUUUAAAAUAAUGGGAGUGAUUGCCGAUGUCCUCGGUGGAGGCAUCCAGUGUGUUUGAGGGUUGUCCUGUGUGACAGGACGAUGUAUAUUUAACUUUAUUUAUCUUCGAGGAUGUCAAGUUUACAAACCUCUGAAUGCGGAGCGGCUUCAGAAGAUCCGAACCGAAAGAGAGCACACGGCGCUCGUGCAUUUCCGAAUGCAUCGCGGCACUUCCGAUGGAUUUUCGCAUGACGCCGGAACGUUACUCGAUGUCAACGUUGCUUGACAAGGAGACAAGAUGGCGACGAUACACAAAUGUUAUAUCACUAUAAUCAACAUCUCCAACAUUUUAGGGAAUAUCUGUCUCGUGCAGCAUUAGAUAUACUGCAGGGGUUUAGGUUUAGGUUGUUUUUUUUUUUGUUUUGGGUUAGGCUUGGGGUUCGGGGUUAUGAGGUUGGAUUUAGGCUUAAAGGUUAGGGGCUACGGUAAGGCUUAGGGCUCGACUAGGUUUAGGUUCAGCGUUUAGGCUUCACGCGGGUCAGAACUUCUAGCUCUGAAGCUAAUAUUUGCGCAAAUUCCCCCCCUGGCCUCGCCUCGCCUCGCCCCCCCCCCGCCCUGGAAGCUAAUCUUCUCACAUUCCUAGCCGAGGGAGUGAGGAGAGAGAAAAAAACAAAAAAAAGUCUAUCUAAAGCGGGGAAUGUGAAGUCCCUUCGCCCUCGUUAAAACGUCGCGCAUUCUCCACUUUGGUUUCCACCAUCCGCCAAACUCCAAGUUUGCCUGCAAUGUGUUUUCUAUUAAACUGGAAUGCCCACUCUGGAAGGGGGGGGGGGAAAUACCGCCCCAGUACGCUAAUCCAGUUUGUGUCAGCGGGGAUUAGCCACAUGUAAAUUCUGACAUUUAAUGGCCCGUUACACUUCAUGCUUUUCCAUCAAACACACACACACAAUAUGAAUGAAUGCAUUUGCUGGUCAGUGCAGUGUAACAGAUUGACUGGAAUGUCCCCUCGGCCCCCUCGGAAUUUGUUUACAUGGAAGUGAAAAGUUAAUAUAUAUUGUUUUUCUCCAUUCAUAAGCUUGCGUUUGCGGUGUUUUCUGGUGCCAAAGAUGUACUCGGAUUGUUCUGUCUUUUUAUUAAUGUUAUAACCGGUGACGCAGACGCACAAAAAGGUUCGGAUCCCAUUUGGAAAUUGCUGUGAACUUUUUGUAAAAGUAUGUCUUCCUUAAUAUUUCAUCCACCGAGAGAUUAAAGAUAUUAAUAUAUGUCCUGCAAA